AUGAUGCGUCUAAUCAUAAAAUUAACGUUGGCUGUACUUAUAUUGCUCAAUAGUAUUCUACAAAUCGAUGGUUUUAUUGCUGUUUCUCUAUCACAUUAUGGUCAAAAUUAUGAUGAUAUAAUAGCUUCAGAACGGCAAGUUGAAAAUGAAGACUUCGACGAAGUUUACAAAGUAUUGACAGAACUUAUCAGUCGUUUAGAAGAAGAUGAUCAACAAACUAUCUUGAAUAUCAUUCAACUGACUGCAACUAUUGAAACUGGUUCAUGUAUUCAAGACGAAGAAAUACGAAAAAGUUUCGUUGGUGAUUUGUACGAUUAUGUUGUAGAGGUGUAUCCCAUGUACAAAGAUAAAUAUCAUCAAUUACUGGAAAAAUUAGAUAGUGUUGAUCAAGUCAAUUUAAAGAAGAUAGUUGAUAGAGCAAAAACAGUAGCAUUAGAGAGGUGUCAAUCAUUAACUAGUAAUGAAUAA